AUGGUGUUGGAGCAACAGAAACCCUCAAAGCACAACACCUUGCUCAGAUAUCUGGUCCCGAGUCCCAAACCGACCAAGUCCAAAGCCAACGAUGACGAACUCGCGAAGCGCCCCGCGAAACGCGUCAAGCGCACCACAAACACCGACGAGAAUGGGGACCUAGUCUCCGCGCCACCUUCUCCAAAGCCACCUGCCAAUACUGCCGUCGAGCCUUCAGAUGAAGCUGUGGAGGAAUUGCCCGCGUCGCAGGUCCAAACGGAUCUGGAGAGCGCACUGCCGCCUAUCGAGACGGACAAAGAAGCCAUCGAGGCGUACGAGGCAGGCCGCGCGGCCGAGCAGACGGAAGAGCAAGCUGGAGGUCGGAAUUGGGUCAAAGGCAGGAGCUCCAUCUAUGUGGACGCCUUCAACCUGGCGCUGGACACGGUGCUCGAGGACGAGAGCCACUUGUUCGACGAAGCGGAGACGGAAGUCUUCCGUCAGUGGCGAGAGCUUGGAUACGAAGCGCAAUAUUUGUAUGUCCGUCUCUUUCUUCGCAAGACGUCUGCCUGGCAUCGCGUGAAUACGUUGGGUUACCAUGGCGAUAUAGCGGACAUCGAGUCUGCCAUUGAGACCCUUCAACAGAUCAGAGAACUACCGGAGUCGAAUAAUUCUGUUCAAACCAACCCCGGCAAGCUGGAGCCUCCAGAAGGAACCGAUCUCGGAACCUCGUUUGCUUUCGCGGACAAGUCGGAAGAGCAUAUUGCGACCUUGGAGGAGGCUUCGUCGUUAUUGAGACUAGAUGAGCUCAAGGGUUUGGCGAAAGAUGCAAAGGUCCAAGGUAGGAACAAGACGGAGCUGCUCGACGCAUUCCGCCGGACCAGCCAACGGCAGGCUGGCCUUGGAUGGGUUGGUCUCAAGAGAUCGGAUACUGGGGCAUCUAUCGAGUCAACCGGCACUGAAAACAAUGACCGAGGACUAGAAGAAAGCCCGCGACUAGAAGAAGCGAGUCGUGAUGCACACUGGAUCCGAACAAUCCUGGCUGAGACCGGAUCUUGUAUACGGCUGUCCCUGGCGCCGUACAAGCUGUUUGAGCGCGUGCAUCUCGUUUUCUACCGCUCUACUGAAUGGACUGAAAAGUCUUUGACGACCAUCAUCCUUGCAAGAAUAGCAAGACGAAAUUUCCCUGAAUACAUAGUCUCACGAUCCGCGAACAUAUUUGCUUCGCGCUCGCUGUUGCUCGAGUUUGAAGCAGCGCUUAGAACGCAGCAUCGCAUUGACAGCAUACUGGAAUUUAGCGGAAAUCCCGGAAGAGAUGGCUUGCAAGCAGUAUUGGACGUAUUCGAGGAGGUUUAUCCGCGAUGGCUUACGUUGCUUGCCGAAGAGCAAGAAAAAGAAGACAGCAUUUAUCUCAGCGGAGAGGGCGCAUAUCUGCGUCGCCUAUCUCCCGCAUGGGUCUACACGCGCAUCGUUCACAAGGGUGCUUAUGUCCUUGGAAAGCUGAAGGAGCACAAGCGGGAGCAUGAGCUUCUGACGGAGUUGCUCACGCAACGUCUCUUCCAUGCCUCCAGGCGUGGGAUGUGGUAUCAACGCAAGGCACUCCUGGAAGAACACUACAUGGCUGCCCUGACAGCUACUGAAGGGCGCGGAGAAGAAGCGCAGAAACGGCAUUGGAAGCAGAUUUCGUUGCAGACGUGUGAAAACGGCCUGCAGGACCCUCUGGUUCAUCUGAUCUAUCACUACGACCUGCAGAAGCGGGUCAUCAAGCUCGAAAAGGCCCUCAAAGUCGCGAAGCGCUUCCAGCAUAACUUUGGCCACGUGCAGCUGGCCGCCCCGGUGGAGGUCACAGUUGAAGGCAUCCGCAUAGAAAAGGAGCCGACAGCCAGCGCCACAGGCCGCCGCGGCGCCAAGACAGUUUGGCUCAAUGAGCAGGAAGACAACUCCGAAUGCAGCGUGGAAGCCAUGUGCCUGGCGCACUACCGCGCCCAAGGCUGGAAAGGCUACCACAGCGAAGGUGGCAUCGUGCGCACGCUGUUCGCCUACCUCUUCUACGACAUCCUCUUCAGCUACGUGCCCAACGUGUUCCAGACAGCCUUCCAGACGUGCCCGCUCGACCUGCACACGGACGGCUUCUUCGCCGCCCGCCUCAGCGCCAUCAACCACCGGCUUGCGGGCAUCAGCAACGGCGAAGCCGCCGCCCACGUCCGCGCCGUGUGGGACGCGCAUGCGGCGCGCCGCACGUGCGUCGUCGGGCUGGACUGGACCUUUGCGCUCGAGGACCUGCUGCAGAUAGCGCGCUGCUUUGACGGCGCGGCCCUGGCGGCCGUGUGCAAGGUGCUGGCGCAGGAGUACGGGCAGCGCGGGGGCGGGGUGCCGGAUUUGUUUCUGUGGCAUGAGGGGAGGGGGGAGGUCAUGUUUGCGGAGGUCAAGAGCGAGAAUGAUCGCUUGAGCGAUACGCAGAGGCUGUGGAUUCAUGUGUUGACGGGGGCGGGAGUCAGGGUCGAGCUGUGCAAUGCCGUUGCUAGGGAGGUGAGGGGCGGAUAA